AUGAGAACAACAACGCAACUCAUUCCCUCCAAGAUUGGGAAUCUAGGAGUUUUGGCGCUCAACAAUCCCAAAUCAAUGCACGCUCUCACCUUCGAGAUGGUUCAUUACAUGCGGGAUGUCUUACAAGCUUGGAAGCAGGACAAAUCGCUUCAGACAAUUUUGAUAAAGUCGAUAAACUCCCAGCGUCCAGCCUUUUGCGCCGGUGGAGACGUCAAAGAAAUCUAUGAGCAUGAAAACUAUCGCUUCUUCUUUGAUGAAUAUCAAGUGAAUCAUGACAUUGCGACGAGUUCGAUUCCGAUUGUGUCGCUUUGGGAUGGAGUCGUCAUGGGCGGUGGAGUCGGUAUUUCGAUUCAUGGCACUUACCGAAUAGCUACAGAAAACACUCUGUUUGCCAUGCCCGAGACUGCCUUGGGACUUUUUCCAGAUAUUGGUAGCAUGUUUUGGAUGCCGCGCCUGCUAUCAAGACCAAUGGCCAACUACUUAGCUCUCACAGGGGACCGGAUCCGAGCCUACGACUUGGUCCAUUACGGAAUUGCGACACAUUACCUUCCUUCUGACGAAUUGCCCAAUCUGGAAAAGGCAUUGGUGGAGGCAACCUCGGGUCCAAUCCAAUCAAUCCAAUCGGUGGAAGAUAUUCUUCAAUCCUUUCACCAACCCGUCGCAACCAAGGAGGAUUCUAUCCUGGUCAAGAAUCAAGACCACAUUGAACGUGCCUUUGCUGCGGAUACUGUCGAAGGCAUUGUUCAGAAUUUGGAGCAAGGGGAAUCCGAUUUUGAGCAAAGGACUCUUUCCACCUUGCAAAAAAUGUCUCCCACGAGUCUAAAGGUCACCUUGGAAGGUCUCUGUCGGGGUGCACAAUGCAAAACAUUGGCACAAGACAUUCAAAUGGAAUACCGAAUGGCCAAGACAUUCAUCACAAUGUCACCAAAGUCAGACUUUUAUGAAGGAGUUCGUUCUAUCUUGAUUGAUAAGGAUAACAGUCCAAAAUGGAAUCCACCCACUUUGGAAGAAGUCACAGAUCAACGUGUCGCAGCCUUCUUUGCUCCCGUGGACGAUGAACUAGUCAUUCCUGAAGAGUCAUCUUCAUCGUCAUCACCAUCACAUCAAUCACCAUCACAUCAAGUUUCCAGUAGCAGUAAACUCUAG